GGCUGGAGUUCGGAUGCAGGCACCCUGGCUGGUUCAGACACUGGGCAGGAAGCACUACUGCCUGCCGUUUCUUGGGAAGCGACUUCCAGUCUCCAAGCAUUUUCCUCUGCUGUGCAAUGGCAUCCCAUACUUAGCCUCCAGUCCUGCCCCCUAGGGCUGAGCAUCCUCAGACUUGGACCCUAUGGGAUCUGCAGCCAGGCGCAGAGGCUGUGCACACCUGAAACUUCAGGACUUGGGGUGUGAAGACCAGAGGAGCAGGAGCUGAAGGUCACCCUUGGCUAAACAGUGAGCUCAAAGUCAUCCUAAACUAUGUGAGACACUCAGACAGGGAUACAUUCUUAAAAGGAACUUUUGUUAGCCCCACCUGCAGGAAGUAAGUUUGUGCCAAAGCCCUGGGCCCCUUACCUAUGCAAGUUCCUGUUAGGUUACACAAUCCCCCACUGAGAGCUAAGCCUUGGAAACCCCAGGAAACAACUGACGAGAGAGCCUCUCUCCCCACCUACUGACACUUAGCAAAGGCUCCAUCACGGCCCCACCUCUGGUUAAAGGAGGAAGCUGGGUCUGGGUUGGAACGUCCCGCCCAGGUGUGAAGCAAGCCCUUCCUCUGCCCACACCCUUCACCAUGCCCAGAAGAUAAAGUGCACACAACAAGGGCCGGCUCAUACACAGCCCUGCAGUCCUGUGCGGCACGUCCAGCAUGUUGUUCGCCUGCGCUCUCCUUGCCCUCCUGGGCCUGGCAACCUCCUGCAGUUUCAUCGUGCCCCGCAGUGAGUGGAGGGCCCUGCCAUCCGAGUGCUCUAGCCGCCUGAGGCACCCAGUUCGCUACGUGGUGAUCUCACACACAGCCGGCAGCUUCUGCAACAGCCCGGACUCCUGUGAACAGCAGGCCCGCAAUGUGCAGCAUUACCACAAGAAUGAGCUGGGCUGGUGCGAUGUAGCCUACAACUUCCUUAUUGGAGAGGACGGUCAUGUCUAUGAAGGCCGAGGGUGGAACAUCAAGGGUGACCACACAGGGCCCAUCUGGAAUCCCAUGUCUAUUGGCAUCACCUUCAUGGGCAACUUCAUGGACCGGGUACCUGCAAAGCGGGCCCUCCGUGCUGCCCUAAAUCUUCUGGAAUGUGGGGUGUCUCGGGGCUUCCUGAGAUCCAACUAUGAGGUCAAAGGACACCGGGAUGUGCAAAGCACUCUCUCUCCAGGUGACCAACUCUAUGAGGUCAUCCAACGCUGGGAACACUACCGAGAGUAAGAGACCUUGAGAUCUAGUGUCCCCCCCCCCCGAAAUCCCUCCUGCCACCUGCUUCUUCCCAGUGACCCCCAAUAAAGACUCAGCACCAAC